CACUAGUGGCCAUUCAACAGCAACAUCUUUAUAUAAAGGCUCAUAUACUCAAACCCACCAUACCACUACCAUUUGUCUAAAGAAAACAACACAGUACAUCUCCCCUCCAAUUCAACAAAAAUGGCAAUGGCUUUCAAGAUGGCAACGACAGGCAUGUGGGUAACUGAUGAAUGCAAGAACUCAUUCCAUGAAAUGAAAUGGAGAAAAGUUCAUAGGUACAUAGUGUUCAAGAUUGAUGAGAAGUCGAGAUUGGUAACUGUGGACAAGGUUGGUGGCCCUGGUGAAGGCUAUGACGAUCUUGCUGCUUCAUUGCCAGAUGAUGAUUGCAGAUAUGCUGUGUUCGAUUUCGAUUUUGUCACUGUUGACAAUUGCCGGAAGAGCAAGAUCUUCUUCAUCGCAUGGGCUCCAACAGCAUCGAGAAUCAGAGCAAAAAUGCUUUAUGCAACCUCCAAAGAUGGACUGAGGAGAGUUCUUGAAGGCGUCCACUAUGAACUCCAAGCAACCGACCCAACUGAGAUGGGAUUUGAUUUGAUAAGGGACCGAGCCAAGUAAAUAUGAUUAGGGUUAGAUAAAUUAUGUUCUGGCAUCUUACUUUUAUUUAAUAACUCCGACCAGAUGUGCUUUCUCGCUGUAACUUUUCGACCUUUAUCUUUUAGACUUUUCGCACAAAUGUAAGUUGAUGUUCUAAUUUGUAAUAAUACUGUGUGUGUCGUA